AUGAACCAUGCGCCGCGCGCCAGCCAACUCUCUGGCUCGACAGCCUUUGCCGGCUCCACGGCUUCUCUAAGCUCCCUCGCGAGCGCCGCUACCAUCACUCCCCAGAACGGCGGCCCGGUUCUCGCAACCGCCAACAUCAUCAACCAAAAGGCCGAUGCCUCCCGAUCCCUCUACCAGAUCUGCAUCUCGCUCAAGCAGCGCCUAGCCCAAGUUCCUGGCUUCGACCCCUAUCUCGAGACCCUCGACCCCAACGAUCCCGUCGAUCCGCUAUGGAACCUCUUCCGAACAGGAUACCCUCUCCUCCUCAUCUACAAUGCCUUGCAGCCUGAGGAAGAGCUCAAGGUCGAGGACUCUAGCGCUAACGAGGCUAAGAAAUCCAAGAUCGCCAUCUUCAAAUUCGUCCAGGCUUGCAUGAAGGAGCUGCAGAUUCCUUCAUCCCAUAGCUUUGUGAUUACUGACUUGAUGGGUAAUGAUACUAGUGGUUUUGUCAAGGUGACCCAAGUCGUUAAUUAUGUUCUCGAUUGUGCCGAAAAGCGCGGCACCCUCCUCCAAGUUCAGCCCUACCCCGAAGAUGAAGUUACAAGUGGUCCUGCCACCGGAUCGCAGAUGACCUACCGAGAUCACAUUGUCCGAGAGCUAGUCGAUACGGAGCGAAAAUACGUUCAAGAUCUCGAGAACCUGCACGAUCUGAAAAAGACGCUGGAACAGCAGGGUGCGAUUCCCGGAGACAUUCUUCACCAGAUCUUCCUCAACAUCAACGCCAUUCUCGAUUUCCAGCGCCGCUUCCUUAUCCGUGUGGAAACCACAAAUUCGAUGUCUUCUGCCAAUCAGCGAUGGGGAUCACCCUUUGUCCUGCACGAGGAUGCCUUUGAUAUCUACCAACCCUUCAUCGCGAAUCAGCGUAAGGCUGCCCAGAUCGCGAACCAGGUCUUUGACAAGAUUCAACAAUCCGAACAUCCCGUGGCGACCGACUUCAACACACUUGACGGUUUCUUGCUAAAGCCCAUGCAACGAUUGGUGAAAUAUCCUCUGUUGCUCAAGGACUUGAACAAGAAGACUGAGGACGAAGAAACCAAGGCCGACCUGGUUAAUGGUUGUGAGGCGGCCGAACGAGUCCUGCACAAGGCCAACGACGCCGUCAACCGGGACCUCUUGGAUGAGGCUCUGGAGGAUCUGACCAACCGAGUGGAAGAUUGGAAGAGUCAUAAGGUGGAACAGUUUGGCAAUCUUCUCCUACACGGCGUAUACGGUGUCAUUACUGGCAAGACCGACCAGGAGAAGGACUACGAGAUUUAUCUCUUCGAGUGCAUUCUCCUGUGCUGCAAGGAAAUCUCACCAAACAAGAGCAAAGACAAGAAGGACAAGUCGAGGUCAUCAGGACCCAAGGUUCGGAACAAGAACGCCAAGCUUCAGCUCAAGGGCAGAAUUUUCAUGACUAACGUGACUGAUGUCGUGUCCUUCUCCAAGCCUGGCAAUCACAGUGUGCAGAUCUGGUGGAAGGGAGACCCUGGUGUUGAGAAUUUCACCAUCAAGUUCCUGAAUGAGGAGACACUUAAGAAGUGGGUGGUUGCUCUCGAAAGCCAGAGGAAGAAUAAUGCUCCCCGUGCCUCGACGAACUCCGACUCCGCUACUGCCGACUUUGCCUGGACCAGAGACCAGGCCGGUGGCCUUGAGAACCCAUAUCUACAACAGGAUGAUGACGAGGAUGAUGACUACGGUCCAGCCACAGCGCCAGCCGGUCUCCCGAUGCCACCGCAUCCCAUGGGUAUGAUGCCUCGAACUGCCUCGAGCAGCAACUUGCGUGCUCGCGCAGGCACAGGAGAGAGCUCCGGGUCCCUUGCGGGUAUGGUGAGAGCGCCUCCGCCUCGAUUUCCUCUUCCUGUACCACCUGCUCCGCUCAGCCUUCAAACCCAAGGAAGCGGUGCACCUUCGCCUGGUGCCUGGGGCGGCGACAGCUAUUUCUCACCUGUGGCCGAGUCGCCAGCAUCGUCGCGCACAAGCACAGCGAGCGGCAUGUUUACCACGCCUCACUAUGGCUUCCCCAAGACUGGAACGCCUCAGCCCCCGUGGGAGGAUAGCAACCGAUAUACCGCUCCUGCUAUGCCGCGUGCUCCCUCUCGCGACGGUCCUUCGCCAAAUCCUCAUGGCCGCAAUCCUCGUGGUCCUUCGCUUCCUGCAAUGGCCUCCAACAGCCAGGCUGCUGCGCAACAGAGGAACCGCUCUUACAGCACUCCCGACAUCAACGGGCCCGGAAUGCCCAGGACCCGGCAACCCAGCCAAGGCAACAUCCCGGCUGUCCCUGGAAUCCCGCAGCACUUGCACCCGGGUCAUGAUCCUAAUAUUUCCAGAAAUCAGGCUGGCUCGCCCAGAAAUGAGAUGCCCAUCCGAGCUCAAACGAACAGCCCCGGAGUUCAACGGGAGCGGAUGCACCAGCACACGGGAAGUCUUGGCGGCAGCAUGGCUCAGUUCCCUACGCAGCCAGUGUACUCACGACAAGGGACUCCUGCUGCUGGCAACCCGCUGCGUGUUGAUGCCGCGGCUGCAAACUCACGAACUGUCUCUCCAGCCCUUGGUACAGCUACUCUUCCUCCAUCGACAAACCCUCUAGCCAGCCCCGAGAUGCCUCUGCCGACACAGCUCAAGGUUCGGGUCAACACUGAGUCUGGAAACUACGUGACGCUUGUUGUGGCCUUUAAUAUCACAUACCAGUCUCUGGUUGACCGAAUCGACGCCAAGCUGGCGCGGUUCACCAGCAGCAGCAUCAGCAAGGGUCUACUCAAGCUGCGGUAUCGCGACGAGGAUGGCGAUUUCGUGGCUAUCGAAGGAGACGACGAUAUCCAGAUUGCCUUUAUGGAGUGGCGCGAGGGAGUCAGGAACAUGUACGCUGGAGGCGUUGGAGAGAUAGAGCUCUUCUGCGUCGGCGACACUUCCUAG